AUGCAUGUCACAGGGCUGAAUACAGAGCUCCAUGAUGAGCCUGGAGCGAGGGAGGGAGGGAGGGAAGGAAGGAAGGGAAGGUGAGGGCACGAGAGGAGAAAGAGAGACUGCUGCUGACUCUGUUUAAACAUGCCUGUCAGCUCGGGCGGUUUGAGGUGUGUGUGUACUACUAGUGUGUGGUUGGAGUGUGUGUACUACUGGUGUGUGUUUGGAGUGUGUGUGUGUACUGCUGGUGUGUGUUUGGAGUGUGUGUGUGUACUACUGGUGUGUGUUGGAGUGUGUGUACUACUGGUGUGUGUGUUUGGGAGGUGUGUGUGUGUGUGUGUGUGUGUACUACUGGUGUUGUUUUGGAUUGUUGUGUGUGGUGUACUACUGGUGUGUGUUUGGGAGUGUGUGUACUACUGAUGUGUGUUUGGGAGUGUGUGUACUACUGGUGUGUGUGUUUGGGAGUGUGUGUGUGUGUGUGUGUGUGUGGUGUGUGUGUGUGUGUACUACUGGUGUGUGUUUUGGAGUGUGUGUGUGUGUGUGUACUACUGGUGUGUGUGUUUGGGAGUGUGUGUGUGUGUGUGUGUACUACUGGUGUGUGUUUGGGAGUGUGUGGUACUACUGGUGUGUGUUUGGGAGUGUGUGUUGUGUACUACUGAUGUGUGUUUGAGGUGUGUGUACUACUGGUGUGUGUUUGAGGUACGUAGGGCUGGGUGAUAUGGCCUAAACCUAUGGGCGAUUCUCAAUAUAAACAGUAUCUCAAUAAAUAAAACAUCUCGAAAUAAACUUUGUUGUACAAUUAAAGGUCAAAUACACUACAUUUCAAACAGUCAGCAAUAAUCUAAUUAGUUCAGGGCUUGUGAAAUUAUACCUAGGCUAAAUAUAAGCCUUCCACAACCAUAAGUUUAAAAUAGUUUUACCUGCUUUUUUGCAAUAAUCACUGAUCUGGCUUAGAAAUCUCUCUAUGAAAAUGCAAUUUCUGAUACAAAUAUAACCAGAACCAUGCAUGCAUAAUGCCCAUUCACUAAUAAUGACUAACUUAUUGUAGCAGGCAUUAUAGAAAAUGAACACAGGUCUCAUAAACAAUCUCUCAAGCACAAGCCCACGUGUUAUUGAGCAGCCAGCAAUUUUUUAAAUUUCAAGUUUAGCCAACUUGGAUCUAUUUGCUAGCUAACAAGGUAGAACAGUUGAAUUGUACUGAACCCACCCUUCUGUCCAUCUCCAACUGUUUGAUGUUGAAAUCAAGUGGCCGACCUUAUUCUCAGCAAAUGGAAUGCGUUGCCAGCUCCUAUAUAAUUGGUGUUUGCUUAUUGCACCAUUUAAAAACAAGAUAGACAGCUAGUGUAAACAGUCUUGGCUAAAAUCCUGCUAGGGUACAGUGGUCGCACACGACAGGAGCAUUAAGUUUUCUUCAGAUUCUUGCAUUUGUUUUAGUAGGUCUCAUAAAAGGAUUGACUAAAACGGUAGUUUUAGGGUAGUAAAAAGGGUUGACUAAACAGGUAGUGAUAAAAAGGGUAGUUGACAUAAAAAGGGUAGUUGACAUAAAAAGGGUAGUUGACAUAAAAGGUUAGUAGAAGUUGAACUACUCCGCUAUUACAGUUAAAUAAUGUCUCAUUGUGUUUUGGUGUCCAUGUGACCGAUUCUGUUUGGCUAAACCUCAAAUGCAAUAGCGAGUUAAAACCUCUUGUCAGAGGAAGAACUGUUGGAGCUAGGAACAUAAGCAUUUCGCUACACCCUCUAACAUCUGCAAAAUAUGUGUACGCUAACAUUGAUUUGAAAAGUGAUUUUUGUUGUUGUUGUGAGUGGCAGGGGGAGGGGCUUGGUGUGUGGGGGAGGGGCUUGGUGUGUGUGUGUGUGUGUGUGUAAAUGGGAAGGUGCACAGAAGGAGCGAAUGAGACGACACCAAAAAGACAACAUGAGAACAAACGGACAAACGCUCAUAAAAACGGAAAAACACAAAAACGAGAUUCUUGCGAAACAGGCAUUUGGAAUAUCGCGCUAAAACAUCAAAUUUAAUCAAUUAAUUUCCUGUUCCUGAUCCUCUCACUGCUUACUGGAAACCAGAUGUGAAAUGAUUCCUAACCUUUUCAAAAAACAUAUUAUUCCUAACCUUUUUAAAAGUUAUUAUUAACACUGUUAACUGUUGGGCUACUCCAGCUCAGCAAGAAUCCGAAUAGUAACAUUCUCUCUUGACUUUAACUUUAAGAUCCUACUCUAAAGUACUUUUUGAUCUAAAAGCAAACCUUGUCCUUGGAAGGUAGUGAAAGGUAACAAAAUGGUUAAAAAAAAUAUAUAUAUAUAUUUAGAAUCUAGAUUGAUGAUUCACACCUUCCCUGUUGAGAAGCACAGUUGAAUAAUGUUUUUGUCAAUACACUAUAAGGAUGACUAUUAAAUUAUCACAACUAAUCAACAGUGUGAUUGCAGUCUAUAAGUAUUUGAUGAAUGCAUAGACAAGUUGAGUCAAAACUAUGACAGGAAAUUACUAUUAAUUUAGUCAACCAUAAUAACUGUUAGUCACCUUUCAUGACUUCAAACACACCUAGAUGAUGUUGCCUAUGUUACACCAUUUACUUCUCACAUGCCACCCUAUCCCCUAUAUAGUGCACUACUGUUGACCAGCAGCCAUAGGGAUCUGGUCCAAAGUAGUGCACUAUAUAGGGAAUAGGGUGCCAUUUGGGACACAGGACAGGUGUUCAGACUGCUACAGACAUUUUGAGUAUUGAGUCUCUUGAUUCCUUGACUGAUAUCAUUGGCUUAAACCUGUCAAACUGGCUAUGUAUUUUAAUAACACCACCUCCCAUGAUCAAGUAUAUCAAGGAUCGUAAAACCUAACAUCAUCUGGAUAGUCAUGGGGAAGACUUGUUGGAAUCCUGAUGUUGACACUUGAAACUAUUUUCCUAUAGGCUAAGGCUAUGCAGGAUUAGUCCCCCCACCCCACAGUGUCUGGCAUAAUAUCAACCAAUAUGUUAACUGUUCAGUACAUAUUCAUAAACUAUUCAUACACUAAUAAAUGAGUUUAUCAUUUUAAGUACUAUACCUUCAUUUAAAGUGUCAGUAGUUGUCCACCAACUGCUUAUACAUUUAGUAUAACAUCAUACUGCUGCUAUUGUAACAGAUGUGGUUGUUUAUAUAGCUUCAUGAGGUAGUCACCUGGAAUGCAGUUCAAUUAACAGGUGUGCCUUGUUAAAAGUUAAUUUGUGGAAUUUCUUUCCUCCUUAAUGCGUUUUGAGCCAAUCAGUUGUGUUUGUGUUAACUUUUAACAAGUCACACCUGUUAAUUGAAAUGCAUUCCAGGUGACUACUUCAUGAAGCUGGUUGAGAGAAUGCCAGGAGUGUGCAAAGCUGUCAUCAAGGCAAAGGGUGGCUACUUUGAAGAAUCUCAACUAUAAAAUAUAUUUUGAUUUAUUUAACACUUUUUUUGGUUACUACAUGAUUCCAUAUGUGUUAUUUCAUAGUUUUGAUAUCUUCACUAUUAUUCUACAAUGUAGAAAAUAGUACAAAUAAAGAAAAACCCUUGAAUGAGUAGGUGUGUCCAAACUUUUGACUGGUAGUGUAGAUUUGACCUUUGUUGUUAAUGAGCAUGACAUUUGAUCCAAUAAGACUCUCAGCUAAAUGUUUACACUUUCAAUCUUCUCAGAUCAGUAGUGUGGAGACAAGGCUGCUUUGUCUAAGCAUCACUGCAGUAUGCUGUAUAGGGACUGACCUAAACCACAGAGCUUUGCUUUAAGUUUAACCAAAGCCACGUACAGUACAGUACAGUGAGUAAGUGUAUGAAUCUUUAGUCAUGUACAGUGAGGGAAAAAAGUAUUUGAUCCCCUGCUGAUUUUGUACGUUUGCCCACUGACAAAGAAAUGAUCAGUCUAUGAUUUUAAUGGUAGGUUUAUUUGAACAGUGAGAGACAGAAUAACAACAACAAAAUCCAGAAAAACGCAUGUCAAAAAUGUUAUAAAUUGAUUUGCAUUUUAAUGAGGGAAAUAAGUAUUUGACCCCCUCUCAAUCAGAAAGAUUUCUGGCUCCCAGGUGUCUUUUAUACAGGUAAUGAGCUGAGAUUAGGAGCACACUCUUAAAGGGAGUGCUCCUAAUCUCAGCUUGUUACCUGUAUAAAAGACACCUGUCCACAGAAGCAAUCAAUCAAUCAGAUUCCAAACUCUCCACCAUGGCCAAGACCAAAGAGCUCUCCAAGGAUGUCAGGGACAAGAUUGUAGACCUACACAAGGCUGGAAUGGGCUACAAGACCAUCGCCAAGCAGCUUGAUGAGAAGGUGACAACAGUUGGUGCGAUUAUUCGCAAAUGGAAGAAACACAAAAUAACUGUCAAUCUCCCUCGGCCUGGGGCUCCAUGCAAGAAAUCACCUCGUGGAGUUGCAAUGAUCAUGAGAACGGUGAGGAAUCAGCCCAGAACUACACAGGAGGAUCUUGUCAAUGAUCUCAAGGCAGCUGGGACCAUAGUCACCCAGAAAUCAAUUGGUAACACACUACGCCGUGAAGGACUGAAAUCCUGCAGCGCCCGCAAGGUCCCCCUGCUCAAGAAAGCACAUAUACAGGGCCGUCUGAAAUUUGCCAAUGAACAUCUGAAUGAUUCAGAGGAGAACUGGAUGAAAGUGUUGUGGUCAGAUGAGACCAAAUCAAGCUCUUUGGCAUCAACUCAACUCGCCGUGUUUGGAGGAGGAGGAAUGCUGCCUAUGACCCCAAGAACACCAUCCCCAACGUCAAACAUGGAGGUGGAAACAUUAUGCUUUGGGGGUGUUUUUCUGCUAAGGGGACAGGACAACUUCACCGCAUCAAAGGGACGAUGGACGGGGCCAUGUACCAUCAAAUCUUGGGUGAGAACCUCCUUCCCUCAGCCAGGGCAUUGAAAAUGGGUCGUGGAUGGGUAUUCCAGCAUGACAAUGACCCAAAACACACGGCCAAGGCAACAAAGGAGUGGCUCAAGAAGAAGCACAUUAAGGUCCUGGAGUGGCCUAGCCAGUCUCCAGACCUUAAUCCCAUAGAAAAUCUGUGGAGGGAGCUGAAGGUUCGAGUUGCCAAACGUCAGCCUCGAAACCUUAAUGACUUGGAGAAGAUCUGUAAAGAGGAGUGGAACAAAAUCCCUCCUGAGAUGUGUGCUAACCUGGUGGCCAACUACAAGAAACGUCUGACCUCUGUGAUUGCCAACAAGGGUUUUGCCACCAAGUAUUAAGUCAUGUUUUGCAGAGGGGUCAAAUACUUAUUUCCCUCAUUAAAAUGCAAAUCAAUUCAUAACAUUUUUGACAUGCGUUUUUCUGGAUUUUUUUGUUGUUAUUCUGUCUCUCACUGUUCAAAUAAACCUACCAUUACAAUUAUAGACUGAUCAUGUCUUUGUCAGUGGGCAAACGUACAAAAUCAGCAGGGGAUCAAAUACUUUUUUCCCUCACUGUAUGUGAUCCCUGCGGGAAUUGAACCCACAACCUUGGGUGUUGUUAGUGCUCUUAUCAACUGAGCGACACAUGACCAUUCACAUGUCAUGAACACAGCGCCCUGAUGCCCUGUAGUGGAGAGAGUUGAUACCAUUCACAACGUUUUACUUCAGUUGGACCGUACUGCUGUUAAUCUAGUUGUGGCCGCUCAGGCUGCGUCCCAAACGGCACCUUUAAAAUAGGCUGUUAUUUCCCAGUCAGACAAACAAACAUGUCUGGUGGCUAAUCUUAUGGAGUGGGAUGUGGGAUGUGGGAUGGCAUUCUACGCUGAUAUUGACCUGAAUGUUUUUUUUUUAUACCGGCAGGCCAGCACUUACAGCACGGAAUAAAGCGGUAACUGGUAACCAUGGUAAUAGUACAGUUGCUUACAACGUUUUAUAGUGAAACACGAUGACAACAAAGCUUGGCAAAGGCAGACACCCCUUACCGCCACUCGGAUGCCUGCCCCUGGUAGUAUGAGUGGAUUGUUAGGUGCUGGUGACGAGGAGUGAUAUUUGAUCGCCAAGGAAACACUCUGUCAUAACCUCCUUUUCAUAUCAACAAUUAUUUGUCUGAGGCUUAUCCUGACGGUCUGAGGUGUAGAAGACCAGUAUCAGUAAGAGGAGAGGAGAUGACCAUGUGAAGUUUGAUCUCAUGACUAUUCCUCAUGGUUGGCAUAGGGAAAGAGUGGUAUAGUGGACUGUUCCCUUUACUACAAAGCAUUGCAUCACAUUGGAUCAUAUGAUGUGAUACAAUCUGCCCAGUGCCCUGCCCACAUUUAUGAUCAGUAGACAUGAAGAUGAUGUUUAAUCUAGUGGUGACGUUCUCUGAUCUCAUUCAUUUUGAAGCUAUCUGGUUGAUUGUAACUGAAUGUAGAGAUAUCAUUACAAGCUAUAUUAACCUUCCGCUUUCUCGCUCCGUCAUUUAUUUAUUCACUACAUUGAUCAUAACACAAUGAAGAUAUCAUUACAAACUCAAACUAGACCUAUGUUCAACUUCAGGGUUUUAUUUUUUUAAUUCACCUUCUCUAUCGUUUACUUCUCUCGUGUCUUUGAACCCUGUCUCUCUCCCUGUUCAAGUGGAGCUCUGCCAGCCAGACCUACUGCAGACUGUAAGCUACUCAGCUGAUAAACCAGAGUUGGCCAGAGGACAGCAGUAAAUAAAGUCAUAAUUUCCUCUUCUGCCGCUCUGUUUUAUCUGAGGCAGAUACUAGGAAGAAGUAGGAAGUGGUUUUGGGCGUCCAGAGAGGAGAUUUCUAGCCUGAGUGUCAGUCUUUUUGUGCCAAAACAUGUUUUGCCUGACGAUGACAACAGAUUUGUCAAGAGCACAAACAGAUCUGGGACUAUACAUUGAGAAACAGCUGAUAUACAGUAUAUGAUUGAGGGCAACAUUUCCCUACCAACUGCAAAAACAAAGUGAGACCACACUGACCUGUACCAAGGUCCAGCUGUAUGACUAUUUAUAACACCUCUUGCUCUUCCAACUGGAGAGGGAAUCCAAAAAUAUGUUGGUAUUAGCCAGGUCACCUCAGUCUCUGUCUGCACUCCUGUAUCCUGUUUCUGUCUGCACUCCUUUAUCCUGUCUCCUGAACUAGCAUCUUCUUCACUCUUCUUUAUAUUCCACUUUGUCCUCUUCAUCGUGUAACGUUUACGAUUACAACAAGCCUUGUAGAUAUCGUAUUGCUGCCUGUCAAUCCUUCCGGUCUCCAUUUCCAUAAUUAUGAGUGUGAAACCACUGUGUUUUUCUUUAUCAACAUACAGUAUAGGACCAGUGAGGAGGGAUAGUACAGGGGUUCCUAAACCUUUUCACUCUGGGCCCCCCUUCCAGCAUUGGGGAACAUCCCGCGUCUAUCUCUAUGGGCACAAGCACUGUUCAUGACACAAACUGUUCACACCUCUGUUGUUGGUGGAGAGAAUUUUGCAGGUUUAAAGCUUAUUUCCUGCAAUUCUACACAUUUUGUCAUGGGGUGCAAAGAAAAGUUUGCCGUUUUUAAAGCAGAUUUUCUUGCAAUUCUAUAAAUUUUGCCAUGUCUAAUAUGUAUUAAUGUGAUAUUUGAGCGCCCAACAGUUUGGGAACCACUGGGACAGUAGAAACAUCAUGUGCAUCCAUCAUCACCCACAUUCUGUUAUUUUCUUUCCCACUAGCAACGCUCUUAGAAAAGAAGGUUCUUCAAUUGUCCUCAUAGUUAUUUUCAUAAGGUUCUCCUAUUUUUGGUGGAACCCUUUCGAUAAUACAAGGUUUUACGUGGAACCAUUUCACCACUAAAAGGUUCUAAAUAGAUGAAAUGUUUUCUAAGAGUGUAGCUAGCUCCCCCACCGUUCUGUACAUGUGUCUCUAGAUCCCUAACAUUCCUGUUGAAUCCAAAUAUUCCAUUCCCUAACCCGUGGAGCUGUCAGGAAUUUUUACAUGUAGCCUUUGUAUGCAGGAGUCGGGGGGAUAUGGAGACGUGGUGGGUGUGUGUCAAAGGCCUCCAUUGUUGGAAUGAGAAGCAGAUGUUAGUGUGGAAUUCUCCUGACUGCAGCAGUUUUUCACGGCUGUGCUUUGAGCGCUGCCUCUUUCUCUCUCUCUGGCUCUCCCUCUCCCUGUCUCUCUCUCUCUCUCUCCAUCCUCUCUUCAUCUCUCCAUGUAUUUGAUCUAAAACUGUUCUUUCGUUCCUCCAGUCUGGCUGUCAGUUUCGGUCUUCCUUCUCUCUCUGUAAUAUUUUAAUUUAUUUCCCAGCCACCCCUCCCUGCCCACUGGUUCUAGUCUCUCUCUGUGUUCCAGGGGAGUUCUGGCCCAACCUCUGUCUAUAGUUCUGGAAGUGUUCAUAUAGGAGCAACCCCACCCCUGUGAUGUCAAACAAGGCGUUGGGAGGGAGAGACGGAGACAUUCAGACAUUUAAAAAUGAUCUCUCUUUCUGUCUCUCUGUCUCAGUGGUGUAAAGUACUUAAGUAAAAAUACUUUAAAGUACUACUUAAGUCGUUUCUUUGGGUAUCUGUACUUUACUUUACUAUUGAUAGUUUUGACAACUUAUACUUUUACUCCACUACAUUCCUAAAGAAAAUAAAGUACUUUUUACUCCCAUACAUUUUCCCUGACACCCAAAAGUACUCGUUACGCUUCGAAUGCUUAGCAGGACAGAAUUAUGGUCCAAUUCACACACCUAUCAAUAUAACUCGUUGUCAUCCCUACUGCCUCUGAUAUGGCGGACUCACUAAACACAAAUACUGUGUCUGUAAAUUAUGUCUGAGUGUUGGAGUGUGCCCCUGUUUGUCCGUAAAUUUAAAAAAAACUAGAAGAUUGUGCCGUUUGGUUUGCUUAAUAUAAGGAAUUUGAUGUAUAGCAUUUACUUUUACUCAAGCAUGACAAUUGAUUACCUUUUCCACCACUGUACUUAAGUAUAUUUAAAACCAGAUACUUUUACUCAAGUAGUAUUUUACUGGGUGACUUUCACUUUUACUUGAGUCAUUUUCUAUUAAGGUCUCUUUACAUUUACUCAAGUAGGACAUUUUUAAGUACUCUUUCCACCACUGCUCUGUUGUAUUUCGGGGUUCCUCUGUGUCGUGGGUCUACCUGCCUCUGAGGCUAGCUUGCCACGUUGACAGAAUUUCUCCGUCCCGGCCGCUAUCCUGGGCUGAAGGCAGGAAGUGGGUCUGUCUCUGUCUGGCUGCUGUGGACACUGCGCUGGUGUUUCAUCACUAUUAGUGAUGGGACGUUCAGCUCUUUUUACUGACUCUGAUCUUUUUUAGAGGCGUUCAGUCAAAAUAACAAAUAUUUUGACUAAUUUCGUUCAUUUUGAAUCAUUACUGCUCAGAGCAUACAAGAACACUUAGUGGCGAACGAUGAACUGAAAACUCGAAAGAAUCAUGAUUCUAAAAGCCUCUUGUUCACAUCGUUAACCAUAAGGGGCUUAUUGGAGCUGUCAUUUGUUUGAAUGAGACUUGUAAACGUGUCUUUUUAAACAAUAUACAUUUGUUGAUUGCUAGGCAUACAAAUACGAUUAUUUCUUGAUACAUUUGUAACAAGGUAUAGUUGUGGUCGCUACCGAACUAGAUUGUGAACGACUCUUGGCGGAAUGGAUUACUUGACUGGCGUGAGGGUGAUAAACACAAUAUUGUUCAAAAUGCAGCCCCCCCAAACGAUUCAUUCUCGAGUUUGUUGAGCAGAGGUUGUGUAAUUCUUGGUUCUACUAAGCUGUGUCCAUCAUAACAUUCAAUGAUCAAUUAAAUUCCUACCUGAAAGUGUAACAGGAUAUGAUUUUAAUAGAGGACACAACAGAGACCACAGCAUUAGACUAACCGCUUUACUUAACAAAAUAAUACAACCUACAGGAUGCUGUUAAUAAGUAAUGGAAUGCUUACCUCACCAAGACAUCUUAUGACCAUAAGGCAUAAUACAAUAAUUUAUAUUAUACAUACAUUUCUAUACACAGUUGGGGUCUCGCACAUAAAGACAAAUAUUUUAUUACAUAAGUAGUUGAUUUAAGUUAUGUCAUAUACUAGAGAGACUAGGAAAAGAAGAGGUCAGACAUGAUGGAUAAUGGUUGUUGUUAACCUGCUCUCUGUGUGUGUGUGUGUGUGUGGUGUGUUUAGUUGUAGAGAAGUAGAGUGAGAGUGAGCGAUCCAAUUAUGUCCAUCUUUCCCCUAAUUUAACCUUCAUGGCAUCACACACACACACACACACACACCUUUUGCUCUGCACUGUAGUGUGGUAUUGGCUGUUCUAUGUUAUCUGGAGCAGCACUUCUACAUGCACUCUGCUGCUGUUGUGUUUUAGACAGGAAGGUAGGGAUGAUUCUACAUCCGUCAUACACACACCCUCCUAGCUCCUGGACAUGGCCCAUCAAAAGCUCUUUGCUGAGUGGGCUCAGCCUGCCUGACAUGAUACACUGCUGCCAGCUGUCAGGGUGGGUUUGUGUGCAUCAGAACAAUUUUGAAUAGGGAUGAAACAGUUGUGUUAUCGCUGCGUCAUUGCACUAAGUAGGGGAAUCAGUUAGUUACACGCAUUGACUUUUAUUUAUAUAUAUACACUAGAUGACUGAUAGGGGGCGCUGUGUUGAAGCCACCGCGCCUCCAUCUUGGCACUCCCCCACCAUUGUACAAAAUAUUUUGGAAGCUAUAGAAAUGCAUGUAUUCUAUUACAGACACCUUAAUGCAUACUUUUAAAUUAUAUUAUGUAAGCUAAACAUAAAAAUAAAAUAAAAUAAAUCCUUAAAGUAUCUGUUUUUUUAUUUUUGCUAAUGUUACUAUCCACACUACAACAACAUUUUUAAAUACAUGUAGUUUUGUCCUUGAAACAUUAUUUAAUUGAAAUACUGUAGAAUUCCAUUCAUUCCUAUGGAGGACUGCUGCUACUGUGGAGUGCCAAAAUGGCCGACCGUUGGCUUCAAAGCCUCUCAAUUGCCAAUGCAUAGCAUCAGCAAUCCAGGGUUUAUAUACAUCACUGGUUGCACGGCACGCCCAUCUCCCUCCCUCCCAGUCACACCAUCGCCAUCAUCAUCAACUACUUUCCUCCAGUUCCCCUCCAGACAGAGACAGACAGACAGGACUCAGUCAGGGGUUACGUUUCAAAAGGCACCCUAUUCCCUAAAUAGUGUACUACUUUCUACUACUUCUCUCUCAAAAGUAGUGCAAUAUAUAGGGAAUAGGGUGCCAUUUGAGACUAAGUCAGGGACUAUGGCAACAUGAUAUUCUCGAUGUUAUAUCACAUAUGACGAAGUCUGUUUUCAGGUACCUACUGAACCAUACUGUACGCUCUUCUCAGAUAUACUCGUCACAGUCAAGCUGUGGAAAAGCUCUGUCCAUUUUGCAGUUUGAUGUUUUUGUUAUUGUUAUAAACUUUAAGGUCAAUUGUUGUUUUUCCAAACUUGUUGGGGGGGAGACGUAUGCCCUUUUAUAUUCCCUGAUAUUUGUAUAAUAUGUUAUUUUAUCUGUUGUUUAUUAUGUGUUGUGUAUUAACUCAUUGGUUUUGGAACCUCUCCUCGGGAACCCCUAGAUGUUUCACAAUGUUUGUUGUAGCCCUGAACUAGCUCCCCUAACUCACCUAAUCAAGGGCUUGGUAGUUGGUUGAAUCUGGUGUGCUAGCUAUGGAAUAGUUCAAAUACAUGGAACGGCUGGGGGUCCCAGAGGAGAGUUUUGAAAACCUCUUAACAAACUCUACAUCACCAUGCAGCAGUGCUAACGUGAUGUCCCCUCCUCUGUCUGUCCUCUACAGUGUGUGGGCCUGCCCUGUGUCCUGGUGCCUCCCAUGUGCUGGCCUGCUGAGGCUGAGCCUGGUGUCUCCUCGCUGGGCUUCGGCUGUAGCUGAACCAGGGCUUCUGCUGGUACUACUGGUGCUGGUGGUGGUGGGUGUCCCACCCCAGGGGCCUGGAGGAGCCCAGUCCGUCCGGGCCGUGGGGCCUCUCCGGACCACCUCCCAGACACACGAAGAUGAACAAGCUGACCAGCUUCCACAACAACAAAGCUAUGCAGGACCGCCGCUGUAUCUGUGUCUUUCUCCCCAACGACGACACACUCAACGUCAUCGUCAAUGUGAGUACUGUGGUAUAGUGUAUUAUCCAAAAGCCAGGGUCAGGAAUGGCAGUAAUUGCUUUAAAACUAGCAAUACCAUUCAUCGUUGUUUCACAGUGCGUCUAAAUGCAGUCUAAAUGACUGUGUCCGAUCUCCUCCUGUACGUCCUGACCCCUAACCCCUGACCCCUAACCUCUUGCUGUGUAUUUGAUCUCUGCUCAGGUGAAGACUUUGUGCCAGGAGCUGCUGGUCCAGGUGUGUGACCUGCUCCGACUGAAGGACUGUCACUUGUUUGGACUCAGCGUCAUUCAGAGUAAGAAUGGUUUACUGUUGUGUGUGUGUGUGUGUGUGUGUGUGUGUGUGUGUGUGUGUUCCUGUCUGUCGUCUGUUGCUGUGUCUGACAUCUCUCACCUCACUGUAACGUCUGUCUGUCUCCCAUCUCAGUCCCCAUCUCAGCCUGACUGACUGGGGCUCAUUGUCUCUGUGGUUAAAGUCGCAGCAUAGUUUACUGAGUGUUAUAUCAGAGCAAUGAGCAGUUAGCCCUCCCUCUGUACAGUCCCAAUGAGUUACGCCUCAAUUCUCCAGAAGUGUGCACUUCUCCCCACACAUUUAAAAGCAUUGGAUUGGUGUGUAUGCGUGGGAUAGAGGGAGUUUCCACCAUAUGUCUUAUACCAGACCAAUGAAGGGAAUUGAACAAGUGUACACCUAGGACAGAAGGGUAGAUAAUUAGAACAAAGAAUUAGACUGUCCUAGGCAGCCUCUGGGGAGCCAUCUCUGUCAAACAGCCAUUCUCCUGACUGGGCUGAGCCAGUCCUUCUGGUGCAAUCUCGCGCUCUCUCUCGCGCGCGCUCUCUCUCGCGCGCGCUCUCUCUCGCGCGCGCUCUCUCUCGCGCGCUCUCUCUCUCGCUCUCUCUCUCUCGCUCUCUCUCUCGCGCUCUUUCUCUCUCUCUCUCGCGCUCUCUCUCUCGCUCUCUCUCUCUCUCUCUCUCUCUCUCUCUCUCUCUCUCUCUCUCUCUCUCGCUCUCUCGCUCUCUCGCUCUCUCGCUCUCUCGCUCUCUCGCUCUCUCGCUCUCUCGCUCUCGCUCUCUCUCUCUCUCUCGCGCUCUCUCUCGCGCUCUCUCUUUCUCUCUCUCUCUCUGUACUCUGUACUCUGUACUCUUUCUCUCUCUUCCUUCCUCUCUCUCACUCUAAUUUAAUUUCAUUCAAAAUACUUUAUUGACAUGGCAAGUUAAAUUACUUAUAUUGUCAAAGUAUACAUAUAACAAAAAUUAUGGGACCAACAGCAAUAAUAAUAGUAGUAGUGGAAAUGGGAUUACCAUUAACAGCAACUACAACAACAAUAUUAAUGAGAAUAACAAUACAUUAAAGCAAUAGUAGUCGACCAGUCUCAACAUGACUGAGAAGACACAUGACAUGGUAUGAAAGCCAAAACAAAACUAAACAGGAAAUAUUAUUGACAUUACAUUGCACUUUUCACUGGCUGUCCCUCAGGUUGUGGCAGGAGAAACAUAUUUGGCUGCCAAAACGGUAUAGUUAUAGUUUCAAAUUCUUUGUACUGAAUUAUUUUGGGAAAGAAAGAUUCUCUUAGGUCUGAGUAUUUGUUACAGUGUAAUAGGAAAUGCAGCUCUGUCUCUACCUCUCCCCUGGUGCAGAGUGAGUGCAGCCUGUCCUCUCUGGGCAGCCAGGUUGGCCUGUGACGACCGAUCUCUAUAGCCAGACUGUGCUCACUGAGUCUGUACCUAGUCAGUGUAUUCCUCAGUUUUCUAUCAGUCACAGUAGUCAGAUACAGUGGGGAGAACAAGUAUUUGAUACACUGCCGAUUUUGCAGGUUUUCCUACUUACAAAGCAUGUAGAGGUCUGUAAUUUUUAUCAUAGGUACACUUCAACUGUGAGAGACGGAAUCUAAAACAAAAAUCCAGAAAAUCACAUUGUAUGAUUUUUAAGUAAUUAUUUUGCAUUUUAUUGCAUGACAUAAGUAUUUGAUACAUCAGAAAAGCAGAACUUAAUAUUUGGUACAGAAACCUUUGUUUACAAUUACAGAGAUCAUACGUUUCCUGUAGGUCUUGACCAGGUUUGCACACACUGCAGCAGGGAUUUUGGCCCACUCCUCCAUACAGACCUUCUCCAGAUCCUUCAGGUUUCGGGGCUGUCGCUGGGCAAUACGGACAUUCAGCUCCCUCCAAAGAUUUUCUAUUGGGUUCAGGUCUGGAGACUGGCUAGGCCAAUCCAGGACCUUGUGAUGCUUCUUACGGAGCCACUCCUUAGUUGCCCUGGCUGUGUGUUUUGGGUCGUUGUCAUGCUGGAAGACCCAGUCACGACCCAUCUUCAAUGCUCUUACUGAGGGAAGGAGGUUGUUGGCCAAGAUCUCGCGAUACAUGGCCCCAUCCAUCCUCCCCUCAAUACGGUGCAGUCGUCCUGUCCCCUUUGCAGAAAAGCAUCCCCAAAGAAUGAUGUUUCCACCUCCAUGCUUCACGGUUGGGAUGGUGUUCUUGGGGUUGUACUCAUCCUUCUUCUUCCUCCAAACACGGCGAGUGGAGUUUAGACCAAAAAGCUCUAUUUUUGUCUCAUCAGACCACAUGACCUUCUUCCAUUCCUCCUCUGGAUCAUCCAGAUGGUCAUUGGCAAACUUCAGACGGGCCUGGACAUGCGUUGGCUUGAGCAGGGGGACCUUGUGUGCGCUGCAGGAUUUUAAUCCAUGACGGCGUAAUGUGUUACUAAUGGUUUUCUUUGAGACUGUGGUCCCAGCUCUCUUCAGGUCAUUGACCAGGUCCUGCCGUGUAGUUCUGGGCUGAUCCCUCACCUUCCUCAUGAUCAUUGAUGCCCCACGAGGUGAGAUCUUGCAUGGAGCCCCAGACCGAGGGUGAUGGACCGUCAUCUUGAACUUCUUCCAUUUUCUAAUAAUUGCGCCAACAGUUGUUGCCUUCUCACCAAGCUGCUUGCCUAUUGUCCUGUAGCCCAUCCCAGCCUUGUGCAGGUCUACAAUUGUAUCCCUGAUGUCCUUACACAGCUCUCUGGUCUUGGCCAUUGUGGAGAGGUUGGAGUCUGUUUGAUUGAGUGUGUGGACUGGUGUAUUUUAUACAGGUAACGAGUUCAAACAGGUGCAGUUAAUACAGGUAAUGAGUGGAGAACAGGAGGGCUUCUUAAAGAAAAACUAACAGGUCUGUGAGAGCCGGAAUUCUUACUGGUUGGUAGGUGAUCAAAUACGUAUGUCAUGCAAUAAAAUGCAAAUUAAUUACUUAAAAAUCAUACAAUGUGAUUUUCUGGAUUUUUGUUUUAGUUUCCGUCUUUCACAGUUGAAGUGUACCUAUGAUAAAAAUGACAGACCUCUACAUGCUUUGUAAGUAGGAAACCCUGCAAAAUCGGCAGUGUAUCAAAUACUUGUUCUCCCCACUGUAGUCUGCCACAAUGUACUGUCUGUUUAGAGCCAAAUAACAUUGACGUUUACGUUGAUUUUUUGUGGUGUCUUUCCAAUAGGUGAUAUAUUUUUUUCUUUUUGAUGAUUUGGUUGGCUUAGAUUUUCUGAGUGCUAUCCUGAGGCUCUAUGGGGUUGGUUUGGGCUUUGGGCAUUGUCUGUCUGUCUCUGUCUGUCUGUCUGUCGUCUUAUGAGCUGAGAGUUUCCCUGCUGAACUGAAAGGUUUGGUUCUUCUAUAAAAGCCCUUGGAGUGGAAAAUAGCAGAGGAAAAGGUCUGACAGGCCAGUAUGUCAGCAUAAAGACUAAGCCCUGCAGUACAGGAGAGGAAGAGGCUUAGCUAGCUGCCUAGUUGCGCUACAGCGAGGGUUGGGUGGGGUGACAGGUAUGUGGGCAGAGUGAUGAUUGGUCAGUACGAGGGGGUGGGUGGGGUGACAGGUGGGUGGGCAGAGCAGGGGGUUGGUACUGGGCUGGGGAUGAAUGGUAGGUAGGGGUUAGAGAGGGGUUGGAGGUAGGGGUUAAAGAGGGGUUUGGUGGUAGGGGUUAGAGGGGGUUGGAUGGUAGGUAGGGUUAAGAGGGGUUGGAUGGUAGGUAGGGGUUAAGAGGGGUUGGAUGGUAGGGCUAGAGGGGUUUGGGGUAGGGGUUAGAGCGGGUUUGGAUGGUGGUAGGGGUUAGAGGGGUUGGAUGGGUAGGGGUUAGAGGGGUUGGAUGGUAGGUAGGGGUUAGAGAGGGGUUGGAUGGUAGGUAGGGGUUAGAGGGGUUGGAUGGUAGGUAGGGGUUAGAGGGGUUGGAUGGUAGGGGUAGAGCUGGAUGUUGGGGUAGGGGUUAGAGAGGGGGUGGAUGGUAGGGGUAGAGCUGGAUGUUGGGGUAGGGGUUAGAGAGGGGUUGGAUGGGAGGGGGUUGGGGGUUGGUAGGGGAUAGAGCUGGAUGUUGGGGUAGGGGUUAGAGUGGGGGUUGGAUGGUAGGGUUAGAGCUGGAUGUUGGGGUAGGGGUUAGAUAGGGGUUGGAUGGUAGGGAUAGAGCUGGAUGUUGGGGUAGGGGUUAGAGUGGGGGUGGAUGGUAGGGAUAGAGCUGGAUGUUGGGGUAGGGGUUAGAGAGGGGGUGGAUGGUAGGGAUAGAGCUGGAUGUUGGGGUAGGGGUUAGAGUGGGGGUGGAUAGUCACUGUUUGCCUUGUGAUUUCGCGCUGUUCAGACAAGCAGCUCAGGAAUGUCCCUAAAUCAGCCCCACUGGUUCCUGGUCAAUAGACCUGUCCUGCAGGGCAUGUGAUUGGCUCAUCUCAUCUGAUGGCAAUCUGACAGAACAACACUGGCUGACUGGCCCUGCUGCAAUUUGCUUUCCUUUGCAGUUGCUUGCAAUUGUCACUGCCUUUAUGUCUGUCAACCUCUAUGUCUGUCUGCUACACAGGAGUCAAUGGGUGACUCAUUCCAUGCAUAUCACCGACCCAGAGACAACUCUGUCAUCAUAAAGUGACUUAAGUUAACCCUUUGUGUUUGUCCCCCUCCAGACAAUGAGCACAUCUACAUGGAGUUGGGCCAGAAGCUGUCUAAGUACUGUCCCAAGGAGUGGAAGAGAGAGGCCAGCAAGGUGAGUCAGUCUACACAACCCAAUAGUACCCAGCAAGCACAUAACGUUCUGAGAACCAUCCCAGCUAGCACAUAACGUUCUGAGAACCAUAUGUUUCUUAGAGCUUGGUGAGAGCGUAGUUGUCCUAUGGUUAAUUUGCAUACAACCUUCCCACAACUUUCUGGGAAAGGUGCAGGAUAGUUGCUUGGCUUUGCUCAGCAAAUUAAAGGAAUUUGACAUUUUUUGUUUGUUUUGGUAUUUCAUUACUAUAAAUUAAUGUUUCCUAAAACUUCAAACAUAGUUACAUUUCAUUUCAAUUUUGGUAAUAUUUUAGGAACGUUCUCCAACUGGUUUGACAUUGGGAAUGUUCUCAUAGUUCAGAGAACAUUAAGAAAUAAUGUUCUUCUUUGGGAAUUUCAGUACUUCAGCAUAACGUUUUCUGCAGGUUUCCUCAUGGUUCUAUUUAAAGUCCUGUUCUCAGAACAUUAAGACAACUCUCUCUAGCCUCUAUCUUGUAAAGUGUGUUGGCUGCGUCCACUAAUUGGGCACACCUGAUCUUAAUGAGUGCUUUUUUCCUUUGAAAUGGGGUCUGUUUGAAUAGACUAAAAUGAACAGCUUUGUAUGAGUUAAAAAAUAACAUGGCAUGCUAGCUUCAUCCUGGUGGCGCAGUGGACUAAUUCCAUGGAUAGAGAACAGAGGAUUAUAGGUUCAAAUCUAACUGAAGCCGUGCAACAACAAAAUGUGUUUGCAUGAUUAAUACCAAAGCAAAUUAAUUUCCAUGUGUCCUAUUUGUGCAUGGAGUUCGAAACAGUUAACCCAAACUAAGCUAGCAGUGUUAUUAAAAGUCUUAUUGAAACAUUCAGUGAAAGCUUUAAGGAAGUUAUAAAAAAAACUAAAAAUAACCUUUUUAAUUUUGUUCACAACAUUUUAGAGAAUGUUCUCAAAACGUUAUUUAAUUACCUUCAAAAACCUAUAAUUUCCGUUCUCAGAACGCUAAUAAAAUCUCCCAGGAAAACAUUCAGGAAACCAUAGUAAAACAUUUUCAGAACCUCCCUGCAGUUUUACCGGUCAGGAAACGUAUUGCUUUGUUCCCAGAACCAAUGGGAAACCAAAAACGUACCUUCCCUCAACUUACAAGGAACCAAAAGUGCUAGCUGGAUAGUAUCGCUCUAGAGACUUGGAGUAUGAAAAGAAAUGGAAAAGCUGCACUCUAAUAGAGCCCCACAGUGGAGGUGUCAUAAUACCCAUAAAACCUAGCGGUCAAACAGGGAAAUGGUUCCAAUUGUUUUUCCACCAUAAACUUUUCCCAUAAGGGAUUUUAGAAACACUUAAAAUAAGGGCUGUGUUUCGUGUAGGCUUACCCUGGUGUGACAUUUUGAUAACCAUGUAAAUCUCUCUCAGUCAAGGUGACUUUUAUCAAUAUAUUCGACUCUCUGGCUCCGAUGCAAUCGUUUAUUUAACAAUCGUUUCGACAGCAAGUUGUCUUUUAUCAGGGUUUCAAGGUUUGCAAGAUUACCCCCAACAGACAUAGUCAAUCUUAAAUUCAAAUAUGUGAGCAACUGCUUUUGAUUUCAUGAUGGAAGUUUGAUUUUAUAUUUAUAGAAUCAAUACACUGUCUUGAUGGUUUGAUUUGCUCUAAAAUAACAAACAUCGUUUUUAAUUUGUAUAUUGAUGUUUUCAGGGUAUCGAUCAGUUUGGGCCUCCUAUGAUCAUCCACUUCAGGGCUCAAUAUUACGUUGAGAAUGGGAGAUUAAUAAGGCAAGUAAUCCCACACAGAUCCUAUAAAUUACUAUUUGAUUCUGUAUGCAAUUCUAUGAGUAAUCUCCUUUUACAGACUUCAGUUUAACAAUCAGAGCCAAGUCUGAUGUAAUUCUGAAUAAGCUGUUUGGAUUGAUAGAUACUGAAACUGCAUGAGUAGAUCUAGUGUGAUGAGAUGUGUUUCUGAGGACAAGGAUAGAAAGAAAGUGAGGGAGCUCAUUGUGGCUUAAUGUCCCAAUGGGGGUGAAAAGGAUUAAGUAAGUACGUUACGAAGGAUAUGUCUUCUCUUGAGGGUUAUGUCUUCUCUUGACCCUCUUCUCUUGAGGGUUAUGUCUUCUCUUGAGGGUUAUGUCUUCUCUUGAGGGUUAUGUCUUCUCCUACUCUACUACAGGCCCCUGAGUAUGGUGAUCUACUGUAGCGGGAUGUGUUGGAAUCAUGAUGUCUUCUCUCUUCACUUCCAGUGACCGCUCAGCCCGGUACUACUACUACUGGCACCUGAGGAAACAGGUGUUGCUGUCUCAGUGUAUGCAGAGAGAGGAGGCCUACUUCCUGUUGGCAGCCUUCGCCCUCCAGGCCGACUUGGGCAACUUCAAACGCAACAAACACUUUGGGAAGUACUUUGAACCUGAGGCCUACUUCCCUCCAUGGGUGAGUAGAUCUGACCUAACCAGUACCACAUGGAGUUUUUCACUGUGCAUCUGCAUUGCUUGAUCUUUUGGGUUUUAGGUUGGGUAUCUGUAAAGCACUUUAUGGCAACUGCUCAUAUAAAAUGGGUUUUAUAAAAUCAAUUUGAUUGAUUGAUUGUGGUUGCCCAGGCAGUAUGAAGCCCUUCCUCUCCCUUCCCCACAGCCCCUCUAACCCUUCAUUGUUUACAGACCUGAAGAUGGGUAUAGCCAGUGUAGUGGUGAAGUUUCCACCAUAUUGCUACAGAUAUGAAAACAUGGAAGGGUUAGGACCAAGGGAAAAGUGGGUAAGGAGUAAAUUGGGACCAGCUAAAUGUAGUCUAGCACACAGCCUGAAUAUAGGCCUGUAGCCUGUUUCAUUCAUCAUUGAGCUCCAACAAUUUGAGACACUCCCUCAUUGGAGCAUGCUGGGAUAGCUGGAUCUAGGACACUAGUUUUAUUUUGGUCCCUGGUAGUGGCAUGCAGCACGCUUGACUCUUGAGAAAUGAUCUGGAUGCGAGCUGGCUAAAUUUGCUGCCUCCCCUCUACUACUCGACAUGGCCCCCCUCCCCUCCCGGACACGACUGUGCCCCACCCCUCUAAUUACCAAACACUUCCUGUGAUUAGCCUGUUGACGUCCCAUUGGUCCCAUCUCCACUUUGAAGCCAGGAAAUUGUUGUACAAUCAGGAAUGGUACAUAAAUACCUCCUCUCAGGGUGUUGUCUAACUAGUUCUGAGUGAGUGACUGGUUCAGGAGAAACGCCCCAGAAAAAUCCUUCUUUAACCGGUCUCCUCCCCUUCAUCUACACUGAUUUUGAAGUGGAUUUAACAAGUGACAUCAAUAAGGGAUCAUAGCUUUCACCUGGAUUCACCUGGUCAGUCUAUGUCAUGGAAAGUGCAGGUGUUCUUAAUGUUUUGUAUACUCAGUGUAUAGGGAAUAGGGUGGACGAUGCCUUUAGUGCCCAGCUGGACGAUGCCUUUAGUGCCCAGCUUGACGAUGCCUUUUGGGAAGUAAUAUCAUUAUGUGAGACAUCUGUCUUCCCCUGGGCGGGGGGUUUCAUCAACCUCCAUUAACCCCACUGGCAAGCCUUCCUUCCUUCUGCCAGUGAGCUGACAUCAGAACCAGCAGCUAGAGUUCACACUCCAAUGAGAUGCUUGUAUGAGAGAAUUCCUUUGUCACCACACUGAAACCAGCCUAUAUGUCUGUCUCUCUCUUCCAGGUGAUAGCCAAGCGAGGCCGAGACUACAUCCUGAGACACAUCCCCAACAUGCACAAAGACCAGUUUUCCCUCACCGCCUCAGAGGCUCAUCUCAAAUACAUCAAGGAGUGUGCCCAGCUGGAUGAUGUCACAGUCCACUACUACAGACUCUAUAAGGUCAGAGGUCAACCUGGACACACACACACACACACAAACACACACACACACACACACACAAUUAACUUACCAAUAAACUUCUAUCUCUUCCCCAGGACAAAAAGGAUGUGGAGGCUUCCAUGACUUUAGGACUGACCUUGCGUGGGAUCCAAAUAUUUCAGGUACAGUAGUAAGGAUGAAGUGGGUGUGAUGGUGGGUGUGAUGGCUAAAUGUGUCUAGGUCAUGUGUUAUUAAUGUGUAUGGUUCAUAUGAUGAUUUAUAUAAUGUUUCUGUUUCUCUCAGAACGUGGGGACAGUGAAACAGCUCCUGUAUGAUUUCCCCUGGACCAAUGUGGGCAAACUGGUAUUUGUGGUGAGUAGAGCCAUGGAGAUGGUACAGUGAGGGAAAAAAGUAUUUGAUCCCCUGCUGAUUUUGUACGUUUGCCCACUGACAAAGACAUGAUCCGUCUAUAAUUUUAAUGGUAGGUUUAUUUGAACAGUGAGAGACAGAAUAACAACAAAAAAAUGCAUGUCAAAUAUGUUAUAAAUUGAUUUGCAUUUUAAUGAGGGAAAUACGUAUUUGACCCCUCUGCAAAACAUGACUUAGUACUUGGUGGCAAAACCCUUGUUGGCAAUCAGAGGUCAGACAUUUCUUGUAGUUGGCCACCAGGUUUGCACACAUCUCAGGAGGGAUUUUGUCCUACUCCUCUUUGCAGAUAUUCUCCAAGUCAUUAAGGUAUCGAGGCUGACGUUUGGCAACUCGAACCUUCAGCUCCCUCCACAGAUUUUCUAUGGGAUUAAGGUCUGGAGACUGGCUAGGCCACUCCAGGACCUUAAUGUGCCUCUUCUUGAGCCACUCCUUUGUUGCCUUGGCCGUGUGUCUUGGGUCAUUGCAUGCUGGAAUGCCCAUCCACGACCCAUUUUCAAUGCCCUUGCUGAGGGAAGGAGGUUCUCACCCAAGAUUUGACGGUACAUGGCCCCGUCCAUCGUCCCUUUGAUGCAGUGAAGUUGUCCUGUCCCCUUAGCAGAAAAACACCUCCAAAGCAUAAUGUUUCCACCUCCAUGUUUGACGGUGGGGAUGGUGUUCUUGGGGUCAUAGGCAACAUUCCUCCUCCUCCAAACACGGCGAGCUGAGUUGAUGCCAAAGAGCUCGAUUUUGGUCUCAUCUGACCACAACACUUUCAUCCAGUUCUCCUCUGAAUCAUUCAGAUGUUCAUUGGCAAACUUCAGACGGCCCUGUAUAUGUGCUUUCUUGAGCAGGGGGACCAUGCGGGCGCUGCAGGAUUUCAGUCCUUCACGGCGUAGUGUGUUACCAAUUGUUUUCUAGGUGACUAUGGUCCCAGCUGCCUUGAGAUCAUUGACAAGAUCCUCCCGUGUAGUUCUGGGCUGAUUCCUCACCAUUCUCAUGAUCAUUGCAACUCCACAAGGUGAGAUCUUGCAUGGAGCCCCAGGCCCGAGGGAGAUUGACUGUUAUUUUGUGUUUCUUCCAUUUGCGAAUAAUCGCACCAACUGUUGUCACCUUCUCACCAAGCUGCUUGGCGAUGGUCUUGUAGCCCAUUCCAGCCUUGUGUAGGUCUACAAUCUUGUCCCUGACAUCCUUGGAGAGCUCUUUGGUCUUGGCCAUGGUGGAGAGUUUGGAAUCUGAUUGAUUGAUUGCUUCUGUGGACAGGUGUCUUUUAUACAGGUAACAAGCUGAGAUUAGGAGCACUCCCUUUAAGAGUUUCCCUCAUUAAAAUGCAAAUCAAUUUAUAAUAUUUUUGACAUGUGUUUUUCUGGAUUUUGUUGUUGUUAUUCUGUCUCUCACUGUUCAAAUAAACCUACCAUUAAAAUUAUAGACUGAUCAUUUCUUUGUCAGUGGGCAAACGUACAUAAUCAGCAGGGGAUCAAAAACUGUUUUCCCUCACUGUAUAUACUAAGAGGUAAGGCUGGGACGAUGCCAGUAUCUCGAUACUCGUUAGUACGUGGCAAGGAAACAAAACACAAAGCAGAUUUAACUGCUUUAGGAAACAGCCCUAAUGUUGGAAACAAACAUAAUUAUAUUGUCAUCCAGUGUCACAUUAAUUUAUUUUCCAAGCUGGUAUCAUCACAGCCCUACUAAGAGUCAUGAAAAUUGUGACUUGAGGUUGAGUCAGAGUCCUGGACUCAACACUACAACACUGAUGUUUAGUGCCCUAAUGUAGUUUAAUGGGUAGAGCAGCCUCUCCCGUACAUCCCUCAUUCCCCUGCUUCCCUCGUUCAUAAAUGUCAGAAGUCCUUAGGCACUUAGAAGGCUCAGGGGAGUCUUUCUCUUUCUGGAAGAUCUGUUAUUUUUUUCACUCAUGAUUCCAGCCGUGACGUCUUUGGAGCUUGAAACCAGUCCUGACUUAUGGCAGUUGUUAGUGAAAGUUCAGCUCUUACACAGACAACAGUUGUGGAAGUAGUGACACAGAGCUCCUCUUCUCUGUUGGGUCUUCUUACCCCUAGCUGCUACAGUCACUUCACUACCAUAAGGCACUGUUCCCCAACUGGCGGGGCCCUCAGGGGAUUUUAUUUGGCACUGCAAUUUUUUAUUCUUGUUUCUGGACAGAAAAUACUGUUAAAACACCAGGAAUUCAUCUCAAAUCGAUUUGAAUUUUGGAAAUCUGUCCCAAAGUAUUCUCACGCAUAAGAGGUGUGUGUGUACACUGAAACAAAAAUAUAAACAUAACAUGCAACAAUUUCAAAGAUUUUACUCAGUUACAGUUAAUCUUGCCAUAUCUUCAAUUUAAGCCUACUAAAAAGUGUGUGCCCUCAGGCCUGGAGGGAAGCAAAAGUUAUUCCCCUACCUAAGAAUAGUAAAGCCCCCUUAACUGGCUCAAAUAGACGACCAAUCAGCCUGUUACCAACCCUUAGUAAACUUUUGGGAAAAUGGUGUUUGAGCAGAUACAAUGCUAUUUUACAGUAAACAAAUUGACAAGACUUUCAGCAUGCUUAUAGGGAAGGACAUUCAACAAGCACAGCACUUACACAAAUGACUGAUGAUUGGCUGACAGAAAUUGAUGAUAAAAAGAUUGUGGGGGCUGUUUUGUUAGACUUCAGUGCGGCUUUUGACAUUAUCGAUCAUAGUCUGCUGCUGGAAAAAUGUGUGUUAUGGCUUUACACCCCCUGCUAUAAUGUGGAUAAAGAGUUACCUGUCUAACAGAACACAGAGGGUGUUCUUUAAUGGAAGGCUCUCCAACAUAAUCCACGUAGAAUCAGGCAUUCCCCAGGGCAGCUAUCUAGACCCCUUACUUUUUUCAAUCUUUACUAACGACAUGCCACUGGCUUUGAGUAAAGCCAGUGUGUCUAUGUAUGCGGAUGACUCAACACUAUACACGUCAGCUACUACAGCGACUGAAAUGACUGCAACACUUAACAAAGAACUGCAGAUCGUUUCAGAAUGGGUAGCAAGGAAUAAGUUAGUCCUAAAUAUUUCAAAAAAUAAAAGCAUUGUAUUUAAAACAAAUCAUUCACUGAACCCUAAACCUCAACUAAAUCGUGUAAUGAAUGUGGAAAUUGUGCAAGUUGAGGAGACUAAAUUGCUUGGAGUAACCCUGGAUUGUAAACUGUCAUGGUCAAAACAUAUUGAUACAACAGUAGCUAGGAUGGGGAGAAGUCUGUCUAUAAUAAAGCGCUACUCUACCUUCUUAACAACACUUUCAACAAGGCAGGUCCUACAGGCCCUAGUUUUGUCGCACCUGGACUACUGUUCAGUCGUGUGGUCAGGUGCCACAAAGAGGGACUGAGGAAAAUUGCAAUUGGCUCAGAACAGGGCAGCACCGCUGGCCCUUGGAUGUACACAGAGAGCUAACAUUAAUGAUAUGCAUGUCAAUCUCUCCUGGCUCAAAGUGGAGGAGAGAUUGACUUCAUCCCUACUUGUAUUUGUGAGAGGUAUUGACAUGUUGAAUGCACUGAGCUGUCUGUUUGAACUACUGGCACAGCUCGGACACCCAUGCAUACCCCACAAGACAUGCCACCAGAGGUCUCUUCACAGUCCCCAAGUUCAGAACAGACUAUGGGAGGCCGACAGUACUACAUAGAGCCAUGACUACAUGGAACUCUUUCCACAUCAAGUAACUCAUGCCAGCAGUAAAAUUAGAUUUAAAAAAACAGGUAAAAAUACACCUUAUGGAAAAUCGGGGACUAUGAAGCAACACGAACAUAGACACAUGCAUACAAACACAUGAUAACAUACGCACUAUACACACAUGGAUUUUGUAUUAUAGGUAAGUGGUAGUAGAGUAGAGGCCAGAGGGCACACACUUAAUAUGUUGUGAAAUCAGUUAUGAAUGUAUUGUAAUGUUUUUAAAAUGUAUAACUGCCUUAAUUUAGCUGAACCCCAGGAAGAGUAGCUGCUGCCUUGGCAGUUCAUCGUUGCGGUGUGUCUAAAAUGGAACUGCUUAGUUUUUACAGCUAGCACAGUGUAAAUAUCAUGACGUCUCUGUGAACCAGUUCCUCUAGUAUAGCUUUGUGUAAUGACAACCUAUACCCUAUAGAUUGAUUUAGUGGUACGGUCAUCAAUGCCACUGUCAUGCCAUGCCACUUAUGAUAAGACAUCCUGUUUUGCUCCGUCUAUGUCCAUGUUUAGCCUUUCUAUUCAUAUAGGAAGACUGAGGAAAGCGUGGAUGUGGUUUACAUGGGGACUAGAGGGGCCUCUUAUGGAAGGGACCAUCGGUCAAACCCUUUUUCUGAAAACAGACUCUCUCUCCACUGCCACUCCACCCUGAGCACGUCAGCCGGCCCGGCGCUGCAGUAGGCAAGAGAGGGAAGAAGGGAUCGGAGCGGAGGGAGGGAGAGAAGGGUGGAGGGACGUGUCAAUAAACACGACCAGAAGUUGUGAUUGUUAGGGAGUGGAUAUGGUUUGGUCUAUUGGCAGGGCCUGAGUUGUGAUGGUCAGGGGCUGGAUAUGGUUUGGUCUAUUGGCAGGACCUGAGUUGUGAUGGUCAGGGGGUGGAUAUGGUUUGGUCUAUUGGCAGGACCUGAGUUGUGAUGGUCAGGGGGUGGAUAUGGUUUGGUCUAUUGGCAGGGCCUGAGUUGUGAUGGUCAGGGGGUGGAUAAGGUUUGGUCUAUUGGCAGGGCCUGAGCUGUGAUGGUCAGGGGGUGGAUAAGGUUUGGUCUAUUGGCAGGACCUGAGUUGUGAUGGUCAGGGGGUGGAUAAGGUUUGGUCUAUUGGCAGGGCCUGAGCUGUGAUGGUCAGGGGGUGGAUAUGGUUUGGUCUAUUGGCAGGGCCUGAGUUGUGAUGGUCAGGGGGUGGAUAAGGUUUGGUCUAUUGGCAGGACCUGAGUUGUGAUGGUCAGGGGGUGGAUAAGGUUUGGUCUAUUGGCAGGGCCUGAGCUGUGAUGGUCAGGGGGUGGAUAUGGUUUGGUCUAUUGGCAGGGCCUGAGUUGUGAUGGUCAGGGGGUGUCUAGGCUUAUUUUCCACCAUAAUUUGCAAAUAAAUUCAUUAAAAUCCUACAAUGUGAUUUCCUGGAUUUUUUCCCCUAAUUUUGUCUGUCAUAGUUGACAUGUACCUAUGAUGAAAAUUACAGGCCUCUCUCAUCUUUUUAAGUGGGAGAACUUGCACAAUUGGUGGCUGACUAAAUACUUUUUUCCCCCACUGUAUGUAUGUGUGUGUGUGUGUGUGUGUGUGUGUGUGUGUGUGUGUGUGUGUGUGUGUGUGUGUGUGUGUGUGUGUGUGUGUGUGUGUGUGUGUGUGUGUGUGUGUGUGUGUGUGUGUGUGUGUGUGUGUGUGUGUGUGUGUGUGUGUGUGUGUGUGUGGUGUGUGUGUGUGUGUGUGUGUGUGUGUGUGGUGUGUGUGUGUGUGUGUGUGUGUGUGUGUGUGUGUGUGUGUGUGUGUACAGUCAUGGUUAAAAGAGAAUGACACAAAUAUAAAUGUUCACAAAGUCUGCUGCCUCAGUUUUUAUGAUGGCAAUUUGCAUAUACUCCAGAAUGUUAUGAAGAGUGAUCAGAUGAAUUGCAAAGUCCCUCUUUGCCAUGAAAUUUAACUUAAUCCCAAAAAAACAUUGCUACUGCAUUUCAGUAUGAAAAUGUAUGCACUCACUAACUGUAAGUCGCUCUGGAUAAGAGCGUCUGCUAAAUGACUAAAAUGUAAAUGUUAAAUUUCAGCCCUGCCACAAAAGGACCAGCUGACAUGUCAGUGAUUCUCUCGUUAACACAGGUGAGAGUGUUGACGAGGACAAGGCUGGAGAUCACUCUGUCAUGCUGAUUGAGUUAGAAUAACAGACUGGAAGCUUGAAAUCAUUGUUCUUCCUCUGUUAACCAUGGUCACCUGCAUGGAAACACGUGCCGUCAUCAUUGCUUUGCACAAAAAGGGCUUCACAGGCAAGGAUAUUGCUGCUAGUAAGAUUGCACCUAAAUCAACCAUUUAUCGGAUCAUCAAAAACUUCAAGGAGAGAGGUUCAAUUGUUGCGAAUAAGGCUUCAAGGCGCCCAAAAAAGUCCAGCAAGCGCCAGGACCGUUUCCUAAAGUUGAUUCAGCUGCGGGAUCGGGGAACCACCAGUGCAGAGGUUGCUCAGGAAUGGCAGCAGGCAGGUGUGAGUUCAUCUGCACGCACAGUGAGGCGAAGUCUUUUGGAGGAUGGCCUGGUGUCAAGAAAGGCAGCGAGGAAGCCACUUCUCUCCAGGAAAAACAUCAGGGACAGACUGAUAUUCUGCAAAAGGUACAGGGAUUGGACUGCUGAGGACUGGGGUAAAGUCAUUUUCUCUAAUUUUCUCUAAUGGGGCAUCCGGAAAAAAGCUUGUCCGGAGAAGACAAGGUGAGUGCUACCAUCAGUCCUGUGUCAUGCCAACAGUAAAGCAUCCUGAGACCAUUCAUGUGUGGGGUUGCUUCUCAGCCAAGGGAGUGGGCUCACUCACAACUAAGAACACAGCCAUGAAUAAAGAAUGGUACCAACACAUCCUCCGGAGAGCAACUUCUCCCAACCAUCCAAAAACAGUUUGGUGAUGAAAAAUGCAUUUUCCAGCAUGAUGAAGCACCUUGCCAUAAGGCAAAAGUGAUAACUAAGUGGCUUGGGGAACAAAACAUCGAAAUUUUGGGUCCAUGGCCAGCAACUCCCCAGACCUUAAUCCCAUUGCGAACUUGUGGUCAAUCCUCAAGAGGCGGGUGGACAAACAAAAACCCACAAAUUCUGACAAACUCCAAGAAUUGAUUAUGCAAGAAUGGGCUGCCAUCAGUCAGGAUGUGGCCCAGAAGUUAAUUGACAGCAUGCCAAGGCGGAUUGCCGAGGUCUUGAAAAAGAAGGGUCAACACUGCAAAUAUUGACUCUUUGCAUAAACUUAAUGUAAUUGUCAAUAAAAGCCUUUGACACUUAUGGAAUGCUUAUAAUUAUACUUCAGUAUACCAUAGUAACAUCUGACAAAAAUAUCUAAAAACACUGAAGCAGCAAACUUUGUGAUGACCAAUACAUUUACGUCAUUUAGCAGACGCUCUUAUCCAGAGCGACUUACAAUACUUGUGUAUUUCUCAAAACUUUUGACCACGACUGUAUAUGUGUGUGUGUGUGUAUAUGUAUGUAUGUAUGUGUGUGUGUGUGUGUGUGUGUGUGUGUGGUGUAUGUAUGUGUAUGUGUGUAUAUAUAUAUAUAUAUAUAUAUAUAUAUAUAUAUAUAUAUAUAUAUAUAUAUAUAUAUAUAUAUAUAUAUAUAUAUAAUUUUAGUCAUUUAGCAGACGCUCUUAUCCAGAGCGACUUACAUAUCUUUGAGUGCAUACAUAUUUUUAUUUUUUUCAUACUGGCCCCCGUGGUGUGUGUGUGUAUAUACACUAACGUUCAAAGGUUUGGGGUCACUUUUCGAAAUAAAAGCAAUUUCUUUGUCCAUUAAAAUAACAUCAAAUUGAUCAGAAAUACAGUGUAGACAUUGUUAAUGUUGUAAAUGGCUAUUGCAGCUGGAAACUGUUGAUUCUUUAUGGAAUAUCUACAUAGGCGUACAGAGGCCCAUUAUCAGCAACCAUCAGUCCUGUGUUCCAAUGGCACAUUGUGUUUGCUAAUCCAAGUUUAUCAUUUUAAAAGGCUAAUUGAUCAUUAGAAAACCCUUUUGCAAUUAUGUUAGCACAACUGAAAACUGUUGUGCUGAUUUAAAGAAGCAAUAAAACUGACCUUCUUGAGACUAGUUGAGUAUCUGGAGCAUCAGCAUUUGUGGGUUCGAUUACAGGAUCAAAAUGGCCAGAAACAAAUAACUUCUGAAACUCGUCAGUCUAUUCUUGUUCUGAGAAAUUGCCAAGAAACUGAAGAUCUCGUACAACGCUGUGUACUACUCCCUUCACAGAACAGCGCAAACUGGCUCUAACCAGAAUAGAAAGAGGAGUGGGAGGCCCCGGUGCACAACUGAGCAAGAGGACAAAUACAUUAGUGUCUAGUUUGAGAAACAGACGCCGCACAGGUCCUCAACUGGCAGCCUCAUAAAAUAGUACCCGCAAAACACCAGUCUCAACGUCAAUAGUGAAGAGGUGACUCCGGGAUGCUGACCUAGGCGUGUGUGUGUGUUUGCAAAGGGUGGCAAUUUGAAGAAUCUCAAAUAUAAAAUAUAUUUUGAUUUGUUUAACACUUGUUUGGUUACUAAAUGAUUCCAUAUGUGUUAUUUCAUAGUUUUGAUGUCUUCACUAUUAUUCUACAAUGUAGAAAAUAGUAAAAAUAAAUAAAAACCCUUGAAUGAGGAGGUGUUCUAAAACUUUCCCCCGGCUUAGACACAGCUUAGACUCUUAUGGGUUAAUAAUAAACUGGUCUUAAAUACAUCUAAAACUAAAAGCAUUGUUUUGAACCAAAUAUAUUCUCUAAGACCUAACCCUCAGAUGGAGUUGUGUACAAAGGGUGUGACUCCUAGGAAGCUAAUCUCCUAGGUUUAACAUUGGAUGGUCAAUUAUGGUCACGUCAUAUUGACAAAGUUGUUGUGAAGAUGGGGAGGGUUAUGUUUGUUUAUAAAAAGAUGUUCUGCGUUUUUGACUGUACUAGUUGUUCAGGCUCUUGUCUUGUCCCAUCUUGAUUACUGUCCGAUAAUGUGGUCAAGUGCAGCAAAGAAAGACCUAGCAAAGCUGCAGCAGACUCAAAACAGAGCAGCACGCCUUGCCCUUAACUGCACAUACAGAACUAACAACAACAUGCAUGCCAGUCUUUCCUGGUUGAUGAGAGAUGAACUGCUUCCCUUCUAGUUUUUAUGAGAAGUAUUACUGUAAUAAAAAUUCCAGAUUGUCUGCAUAAUCAAAUAACAUUCAGCUCAGACACCCAUACAUACCCCACAAGACAUGCCACCAGGGGUCUCUUCACAGUCCCCAAGUCCAAAAAUGAAUUCAUGGUAAUGCACAGUAUUUUACAGAGCCAUGAUCGCAUGGAACUCCCUUCCAUCUCCAAUUACUCAAACAGUAAAAUUACCUUCUUUUUUUUUAUCUCAUGGAACUGCAGGGACUGUGAGGGGACACACACAAACACACUCUAACACACGCAUACUUUAUUUUUUAUUGUGUAUUAUUCUUUUUGUUGUUGAAUUGUUUGUAUAUCAUUGUAUUUUGAAUUUGUGUGACUGUCCUUGUGUGUCAGUGUUGUUACUUCCUGGACCCCAGGAAGAGUAGCUGCUGCUUCUGCAAAAGCUAAUGGGGAUCCAAAUAAACAAAUUAGAAAACGUUGAAAUGUUUCUGCAGUUUUGUUUGUGUCCCUCAAUCUGGAGAUUCAGCUCUUGUUUUGGUUGUAAGAAGUGCCGCAGAAUAGUUUUCAAAGAAGAGACCGUUCUGUGCUCUCUUCGUCCCCUAUUGUGUGUUUUGCCUGUGGGGAUAUCUGGCACUCUGCCUCUCUAGCAAAGUAUCUGAAUCCUCUCAUGCACCCCCUCUGCAAAUGAACGAAGAUGCUGAAAAUGAACAAAGAUGCUGAAAAUGAACAAAGAUACAACACUCGCACUGAUGUCUGUUGAAUCACACAGGGUCGUCCCUCCAUUAUUUUCUCAGGCACAAAGAUCUUCCAUAAUCAUAGCGUUAAACAUCAAUUAAUCAAUCAGCUGGAUGACAUGUAGAUAGCAUGAUAUCCUACAAGUAUUCUAACCCCUAUUCCUCUCUCUCUGUUUCAGGGUAAGAAGUUUGAGAUCCUGCCGGAUGGUCUUCCGUCGGCCCGUAAACUGAUCUACUACACCGGUUGUCCCCUACGGUCCCGCCACCUCCUACAGUUGCUCAGCAACAGCCACCGUCUCUACAUGAACCUGCAGCCUGUUCUCAAACAGGUCCGCAGGCUGGAGGAGAACGAAGGUAAACUACCUACCUGGCCACACCUACCUGGCCACACCUACUUCUACCUGGCCACACCUACCUGGCCACACCUAUCUGGACACACCUACCUCUACCUGGCCACACCUACCUCUACCUGGCCACACCUACCUGGCCAUGCUGCCAUCUUGACUCCUGGAAUCUCCUGGUGUCUCCUGGAAUCUCAGCAUUCCUUCCCUUAGCCAAUUGUAAUGUUGAUAUUAACAUUUACAUAUUAGCAGACGCUGUUUUCCAGAGUGACUUACAGGAGCAAUUAGGGUGAAGUGCCUUGCUCAAGGGCACAGACAGAUUUUUCACCUAGUCGGCUCGGGGAUUCAAACCAGCGACCUUACGGUUACCGGCCUAACGCUCUUAACAGCUAGGCUACCUGCUGCCAUAUAUUCAUUUUUUUCAGUCAUCUUUCAUGUGUCGGGCAUAUCCAUAAUGCCUUAGGAGCGAAUUCUAUAUCUGACCAGCUCCUGUAAGGUUCUUUAGCUGUGGUACUGCUGUAUCUAACCCUGUCUGUCCCUCCUCUCCAGACAAGAAGCAGUACCGUGAGUCGUACAUCAGCGACGCGUUGGAGCUGGAUAUGGACCGGCUGGACAAGCGUUCCCGGGCCAGCGGCAGCAGCGCCGGCAGCACCGUGUCUCACCUCAAAUGCCUGUCUCGCCACUCCACUGCCAGCCACAGCAGCUCACACACCUCGGGGGUGGAGACAGACAGUUUCCUUGCCCCCGGAGGGGCCCUGCACCGGGCCCUGAGGACCUGCAGCUCCUCAACGACUAGCCAUGGGAGCUCACACACCUCGGGGGUGGAGAGCGGGUGCAAGGAGCGCAUGCUGGACGAUGAUGGUAAGGCAAUCGAUUGCACACACGGCAAGGGACAUACACAUGGAACACACAUAUACACUGUUUGUCAUGCCUUCUCCCCUGCUCCACUAGUGAUCAUCACUGGCCCUCUGUCUGUCUGACUGUCCCUCCAGAGAAUAAUAUUAGUGUCUGUCUGACUGUCCCUCCAGAGAUUAAUAUUAGUGUCCGUCUGUCCCUCCAGCGAUUUAAUAUUAGUGUCUGUCUGUCUGUCCCUCCAGAGAUUAAUAUAUAUAUAUAUAUAUAUAUUAGGGGGUAGAUCAGCUUUAAUAUUGCAGAUAGAUUACAUACAAUGGGGAGAACAAGUAUUUGAUACACUGCCGAUUUUGCAGGUUUUCCUACUUACAAAGCAUGUAGAGGUCUGUAAUUUUUGUCAUAGGUACACUUCAACUGUGAGAGAUGGAAUCUAAAACAAAAAUCCAGAAAAUCACAUUGUAUGAUUUUUAAGUAAUUAAUUUGCAUUUUAUUGGAUGACAUAGGUAUUUGAUCACCUACCAACCAGUAAGAAUUCCGGCUCUCACAGACCUGUUAGUUUUUCUUUAAGAAGCCCUCCUGUUCUCCACUCAUUACCUGUAUUAACUGCACCUGUUUGAACUCGUUACCUGUAUAAAAGACACCUGUCCACACACUCAAUCAAACAGACUCCAACCUCUCCACAAUGGCCAAGACCAGAGAGCUGUGUAAGGACAUCAGGGAUAAAAUUGUAGACCUGCACAAGGCUGCGAUGGGCUCCAGGACAAUAGGCAAGCAGCUUGGUGAGAAGGCAACAACUGUUGGUGCAAUUAUUAGAAAAUGGAAGAAGUUCAAGAUGACGGUCAAUCACCCUCGGUCUGGGGCUCCAUGCAAGAUUUCACCUUGUGGGGCAUCAAUGAUCAUGAGGAAGGUGAGGGAUCAGCCCAGAACUACACGGCAGGACCUGGUCAAUGACCUGAAGAGAGCUGGGACCACAGUCUCAAAGAAAACCAUUAGUAACACACUACGCCGUCAUGGAUUAAAAUCCUGCAGCGCACGCAAGGUCCCCCUGCUCAAGCCAGCGCAUGUCCAGGCCCGUCUGAAGUUUGCCAAUGACCAUCUGGAUGAUCCAGAGGAGGAAUGGGAGAAGGUCAUGUGGUCUGAUGAGACAAAAAUAGAGCUUUUUGGUCUAAACUCCACUCGCCGUGUUUGGAGGAAGAAGGAUGAGUACAACCCCAAGAACACCAUCCCAACUGUGAAGCAUGGAGGUGGAAACAUCAUUCUUUGGGGAUGCUUUUCUGUAAAGGGGACAGGACGACUGCACCGUAUUGAGGGGAGGAUGGAUGGGGCCAUGUAUCGUGAGAUCUUGGCCAACAACCUCCUUCCUUCAGUAAGAGCAUUGAAGAUGGGUCGUGGCUGGGUCUUCCAGCAUGACAACGACCCGAAACACACAGCCAGGGCAACUAAGGAGUGGCUCCAUAAGAAGCAUCUCAAGGUCCUGGAGUGGCCUAGCCAGUCUCCAGACCUGAACCCAAUAGAAAAUCUUUGGAGGGAGCUGAAAGUCCGUAUUGCCCAGCGACAGCCCCGAAACCUGAAGGAUCUGGAGAAGGUCUGUAUGGAGGAGUGGGCCAAAAUCCCUGCUGCAGUGUGUGCAAACCUAGUCAAGACCUACAGGAAACGUAUGAUCUCUGUAAUUGCAAACAAAGGUUUCUGUACCAAAUAUUAAGUUCUGCUUUUCUGAUGUAUCAAAUACUUAUGUCAUGCAAUAAAAUGCAAAUUAAUUACUUAAAAAUCAUACAAUGUGAUUUUCUGGAUUUUUGUUUUAGAUUCAGUCUCUCACAGUUGAAGUGUACCUAUGAUAAUAAUUACAGACCUCUACAUGCUUUGUAAGUAGGAAAACCUGCAAAAUUGGCAGUGUAUCAAAUACUUGUUCUCCCCACAUACAUACAUACAGUUGAAGUCAGAAGUUUACAUACACCUUAGCCAAAUACAUUUAAACAAUUCCUGACAUUUAAUCCUAGUAAAAAUUCCCUGUUUUAGGUCAGUUAGGAUCACCACUAUAUUUUAAGAAUGUGAAAUGUCAGAAUAAUAGUAGAGAGAAUUAUUUCUUUCAGCUUUUAUUUCUUUCAUCACAUUCCCAGUGGGUCAGAAGUUUACAUACACUCAAUUAGUAUUUGGUAGCAUUGCCUUUAAAUAUUUUAACUUGGGUCAAACGUUUUGUGUAGCCUUCCACAAGCUUCCCACAAUAAGUUGGGUGAAUUUUGGCCCAUUCCUCCUGACAGAGCUGGUGUAACUGAGUCAGGUUUGUAGGCCUCCUUACUCGCACACGCUUUUUCAGGAUGAAAAGGAUGAACCAGACUUGUGGAGGUCUACAAUUAUUUUUCUGAGGUCUUGGCUAAUUUCUUUUGAUUUUCCCAUGAUGUCAAGUAAAGAGGCACUGAGUUUGAAGGUAGGCCUUGAAAUACAUCCACAGGUACACCUCCAUUUGACUCAAAUGAUGUCAAUUAGCCUAUCAGAAGCUUCUAAAGUCAUUUUCUGGAAUUUUCCAAGCUGUUUAAAGGCACAGUCAACUUAGUGUAUGUAAACAUCUGACCCACUGGAAUUGUGAUACAGUGAAUUAUGGGUGAAAUAAUCUGUCUGUAAACAAUUGUUGGAAAAAUUACUUGUGUCAUGCACAAAGUAGAUGUCCUAACCGACUUGCCAAAACUAUAGUUUGUUAACAAGACAUUUGUGGAGUGGUUGAAAAACGAGUUUUAAUGACUCCAACCUAAGUGUAUGUAAACUUCCGACUUCAACUGUGUAUAUUAAUCUCUGUCCUUCCAGAGAUUAAUAGUAGUGUCUGUCUGUCCCGCCAGAGAUUACUAUUUGUGUCUGUCUGUCCCUCUAGAGAUUGAUAUUUCUGUCUGUCCCUGCAGAGAUUGAGAUGUUAGUAGACGACCCUAAAGACUAUGAGGAGCUCCAUGAGCUGACCCUGGAGCUGAACCAGGACCUGUGCAUCCACAUCACUGAGGACAUGCUGAACAUGUCCCCUGACCAGACCAACGGAUACUCGGGUACAUACAACCACUGUCUUACCUUAUCUACCCAGACCAACAGAUACUCCGGUACAUACAGUGGGGAAAAAAAGUAUUUAGUCAGCCACCAAUUGUGCAAGUUCUCCCACUUAAAAAGAUGAGAGAGGCCUGUAAUUUUCAUCAUAGGUACACGUCAACUAUGACAGACAAAUUGAGAAAAAAAUAUCCAGAAAAUCACAUUGUAGGAUUUUUUCUGAAUUUAUUUGCAAAUUAUGGUGGAAAAUAAGUAUUUGGUCACCUACAAACAAGCAAGAUUUCUGGCUCUCACAGACCUGUAACUUCUUCUUUAAGAGGCUCCUCUGUCCUCCACUCGUUACCUGUAUUAAUGGCACCUGUUUGAACUUGUUAUCAGUAUAAAAGACACCUGUCCACAACCUCAAACAGUCACACUCCAAACUCCACUAUGGCCAAGACCAAAGAGCUGUCAAAGGACACCAGAAACAAAAUUGUAGACCUGCACCAGGCUGGGAAGACUGAAUCUGCAAUAGGUAAGCAGCUUGGUUUGAAGAAAUCAACUGUGGGAGCAAUUAUUAGGAAAUGGAAGACAUACAAGACCACUGAUAAUCUCCCUCGAUCUGGGGCUCCACGCAAGAUCUCACCCCGUGGGGUCAAAAUGAUCACGAGAACGGUGAGCAAAAAUCCCAGAACCACACGGGGGGACCUAGUGAAUGACCUGCAGAGAGCUGGGACCAAAGUAACAAAGCCUACCAUCAGUAACACACUACGCCGCCAGGGACUCAAAUCCUGCAGUGCCAGACGUGUCCCCCUGCUUAAGCCAGUACAUGUCCAGGCCCGUCUGAAGUUUGCUAUAGUGCAUUUGGAUGAUCCAGAAGAGGAUUGGGAGAAUGUCAUAUGGUCAGAUGAAACCAAAAUAGAACUUUUUGGUAAAAACUCAACUCGUCGUGUUUGGAGGACAAAGAAUGCUGAGUUGCAUCCAAAGAACACCAUACCUACUGUGAAGCAUGGGGGUGGAAACAUCAUGCUUUGGGGCUGUUUUUCUGCAAAGGGACCAGGACGACUGAUCCGUGUAAAGGAAAGAAUGAAUGGGGCCAUGUAUCGUGAGAUUUUGAGUGAAAACCUCCUUCCAUCAGCAAGGGCAUUGAAGAUGAAACGUGGCUGGGUCUUUCAGCAUGACAAUGAUCCCAAACACACCGCCCGGGCAACGAAGGAGUGGCUUCGUAAGAAGCAUUUCAAGGUCCUGGAGUGGCCUAGCCAGUCUCCAGAUCUCAACCCCAUAGAAAAUCUUUGGAGGGAGUUGAAAGUCUGUGUUGCCCAGCGACAGCCCCAAAACAUCACUGCUCUAGAGGAGAUCUGCAUGGAGGAAUGGGCCAAAAUACCAGCAACAGUGUGUGAAAACCUUGUGAAGACUUACAGAAAACGUUUGACCUGUGUCAUUGCCAACAAAGGGUAUAUAACAAAGUAUUGAGAAACUUUUGUUAUUGACCAAAUACUUAUUUUCCACCAUAAUUUGCAAAUAAAUUCAUAAAAAAUCCUACAAUGUGAUUUUCUGGAGAAAAAAAAUCUCAUUUUGUCUGUCAUAGUUGACGUGUACCUAUGAUGAAAAUUACAGGCCUCUCUCAUCUUUUUAAGUGGGAGAACUUGCACAAUUGGUGGCUGACUAAAUACUUUUUUUCCCCACUGUACAACCACUUGCUGUCUUCAUUCACCCUGUCUUAGGACAGCCUCCUAUCUCAGUGCGUCAGUGAGACUGGUUGAAUUGAACUUGGCUGGGAGGUCAACGGAUGGUGUUGUAGUAGUAUUAGUUGUUGUUUUUUUAUGAAUGUCCUCCGCUCUGUCUGCACUGUAGGACUCAUAGUGAAGGACGUCCGCUCAUCCACCUCCAGUUCCUCUGAGACCGUGGUCAAGAUGAGAGGCAAGAGCAUCGAGUCUCUUCCUCAGGUCAGUGACAGUUACGACAUAUCCUGUUUGGUACUGACUAGGGAUGUUAACAGUUAACCGUUUUUCCCGGUUAGCCAGCAAAAUACAUUUGACCGGUCAUGCUUAUCGGCCUAUAGGUUAAUUUGCAUAAUUGAGUGGACUUAAAUUGAUGUGUGUGUAUUUUCGUUAGUUCGUCAGGCAUCUUAUUUACCACACGCGCACAGCAAUAUGCUACAUGAGCGGAAAUAAAAUCACCUGUCGGACAGCGAGAGCUGUUCUAUUGGUUUUCAUAUCCAUUUUAUUUCGUUGUCGAGAAGCCAAAGGCACCUUCCUAGUCAUAUUAGCAACCCAUCCUAGUUGUUGCAUUUUAGAUCCUCUUUCUUUCUAAGUUUCUAACAGAUAUUUUCAUCUCUCACACAUGGAGCUGCUGGCAUCUGGUUCGCUGUUUAGAACAGUGUUUUUCCCCGCGAAUUGCAUUUUGGCAAAUGUUGGAAAUGUUUUUAAUUGGCUGCUUUGUUACAGUAGUUGUAUGUUCAGUAACAGCCUUUAGGCUGUGAGAUGAUUGGCUCGCUACUGUUGCAUGAUUCAAGUAAGCUCUAUAAUGAAACAUCUGUUCCUUGUAUGCACACAUAGUAUUUUCAAAUCAAAUCAAAUUGUAUUUGCCACAUGUGCCGAAUACAACAGGUGUAGACAUUACAGUGAAAUGCUUACUUACAAGCCCUUAACCAACAAUGCAUUUUUUUAAGAUAAAAAAAAAAAAAGUGUUAAGUAAAAAAGAUAAAAGCGAAUAACUAAAGAGCAGCAGUGAAAUAAAUAACAGUAGGGAGGCUAUAUACAGGGGGGUACCGGUACAGAGUCAAUGUGAUGGGGGCACCGGCUAGUCGAGGUAAUUGAGGUAGUAUGUACAUGUGGGUAGAGUUAAAGUGACUAUGCAUACAUAAUAAACAGAGUAGCAGCAGCGUAAAAGAGGGGUAUGGGGUGGGGUGGGGGGGACAAUGCAAAUAGUCCGGGUAGCAAUGAUUAGCUGUUCAGGAGUCUUAUCGCUUGGGGGUAGAAGCUGUUGAAGCAUUUUGGACCUAGACUUGGCGCUCUGGUACCGCUUGCCGUGCGGUAGCAGAGAGAACAGUCUAUGACUAGGGUGGCUGGAGUCUUUGACAAUUUUGAGGGCCUUCCUCUGACACCGCCUGGUAUAGAGGUCCUGGAUGGCAGGAAGCUUGGCCCCAGUGAUGUACUGGGCCGUACGCACUACCCUCUGUAGUACCUUGCGGUCGGAGGCCGAGCAGUUGCCAUACCAGGCGGUGAUGCAACCAGUCAGGAUGCUCUCGAUGGUGCAGCUGUAGAACUUUUCUGAGGACCCAUGCCAAAUCUUUUCAGUCUCCUGAGGGGGAAUAGGCUUUGUCGUGCCCUCUUCACAACUGUCUUGGUGUGUUUGGACCAUGAUAGUUCGUUGGUGAUGUGCACACCAAGGAACUUGAAGUUCUCAACCUUUUCUGUUGGUCAUUUAACUAUUUGGAACAAAUUUCACAGUUUGUUAACUGGUUAAUGAGGGUCAGUUAGUUGGCAGCAAAAUUGACCGAAAUGUGCAUCCCUAGUACUGACAUUUUUCAUUUUAGUUAUUUAGCAGACACUCUAAUCAAGAACGACUUACAAUCAGUGCCUUCAACUAAAGUAGAUAAAACAAUUUAGAUCACUUAUUCCUUUAAAAUAUCAAGUAAAACCUUGAAAUAUCCGCUCUCUGGCUAGAAAUAGUAAGGGAAAAGGCAAGCAGUUUUUACAUAGUAAAAAACAAAACGGAAUACAUUUACUGAUUGUUUUAGUUUUCCUUCUGUGCCGUUCCCCAGACGUCAGUGUGCGGGAAGCCUCAGACGUCGACGGACCGCCACAGCCAAUCCCUGGACGAUGUGCGUCUCUACCAGAAGGGCUGCCUCCAGUGGGCGGAGCUAUGCCAGGACACUGCCCACAGCUACACCUUCGGCUGUGCCCAGGAGCUGAGUGACAGCAGUGGAUACCAGGGCAACCUUGCCGAGCAGUGCGCCGGUAUCCGCGGUGACCAGCUUGACGGCUUCCCCAUCAAGAGGACCAGCAAGUAUUUCUCCCUGGAGCUGACCAACGAAGAGGUCCCAGAGUUUGUGGUGUGA